GACUUUUCGGUUAAGGGGCCAGGGCCACGGCAUUGGUGAAGCUUUAUCGAUACCAACGGACCAACCAUUGCCAAUUAGUCAUAUCUAAUGGCAACCAAAUUAUCUAAUUUGGCAUCAACAUUUUGUUUCUCCUCCAAUUCCAUCAACGCUACCAGAUCAUUAUUAUUUGUAACAUACCCAACAACAACUACAAGAAUUCGAAGCUUCCCAUAUGAUAUUGGGCAUUUUCGAGGAACUCCAUUACUUCCUGCAAUUCGAGCUGCUUCUGGCCCCAAUUCUCCUGAACCCACUUCUCCUCAGGAUGACUUGACCUACCUGUUGAAGUUAGUUGCUGGUUCCGUUUUCGGUGCAGCCUUGAUUAAAUACGGCAGUGCUAUCGUCCCGGACAUCACCAAACCCAACAUCACCCAGGCUCUGUUGAUGAUAUCAACUCCUGUUGUCAUUGCUGUUUUGCUUUUAUUCAAUGGAAGCCGUAAAGAAUGAUCCCUCAUUAUGUUAUAUUAGGAUGUAGAAAUAAGUACUACAUUUUUACUUUGGAUUAAUAAACCUUGAAGCAAUGUGAACAGUGGUGGAGCCACGAAUUAAACUGAGAUUCACUUAUAAUUUUGAAUUACUAGCAAUUUUAUGUAAUUAAUCAAAGCUUAUUACAAUAAUUUGACCGUGAAAUCUUAAA